CCAUCCCCUUUUCUGCCAGGCUCUUGUGUACCGUUCACACCAGGGGCUCGGAGUCUCACCGGCAGGCAGCCUGGGGCCCAGACACCUUCUGUGUGGCCAGUUCCCUCCAACAGGUUCUCACCCCGGGUUUCCUGAUGGCCUGGGCAGCUGCUCCCACCCAAGGCUACCUCCCCAAUUGUCCCAGAGCCUGAGGUCCCUGCUUCCCCGUGACUGUCCUCCUGCUCUUCGACAGUCUCUGUCCCCCAGGCCCCUUGCGGUCCCCGUGCUGAAUGGCAUUGGGCCGUGGUGUGCCCCCUUUGUCCCCUGCCAUCAGUGUCUGCCUCCCCAGCUUCCAAGGCCCUCAGCGGGGUCCCUCCUUCCCACCCUCUGCCUGCCAUCCGUGCAGAGCUGCCCCGCCUCUGUGGUAAGAGCUGGCAAGCAUCCCGGCUUUGGUUAGGUGUAAAUCAGCAUGCUGAUGUUGAUUUGCAUAGCUUUCCCAGUGUGCUCCUUAGGUGCAAUGUUUGUCUCAUCAUCUGCAUCUCUGAGGCAGAGCCCAGGAAAGUGCCAGCCCUCAACCCACGCUGCCAGCAUUUCCCUGAAUCUAGAAGCAUCAGCCGCCAGGAGGCCCAGGAGCGCCCAAGAGGCAACCUCUAGCUGAGGAAAGCAAGCGCAGGGCUUCGCUGCCGCCAGCCUAGGAUGGGGAGACCUAGCACCAGGGAGAGGGAUGAGGGGAUGCUGGUGAGGAGGAAGGAAGGGAGAAGACAAAGCGUCAGGACCCGGUGCCGUCACUCUGGGAUGGAGCACCUGCUGGGCCAGACAUGGCUGGGCCCCUGGAUGCUGCUGGCCUGUCUCCUGGUGAGCAGGAGUGUCACCGAGGAGGUAUCUGAGCACUGCAGCCACAUCAUCGGGAACGGGCACCUGCAGUCCCUACAGCAGCUGAUUGACAGUCAAAUGGAGACCUCGUGCCACAUUGCCUUUGAGUUUGUGGACCAGGAGCAGUUGGAUCCCGUGUGCUACCUUAAGAAGGCCUUCUUCCUGGUGGAAGACAUCAUGGAGGACACCCUGCGCUUCAAGCACAGCACGCCCAACGCCAAGGCCAUCCUGGAGCUCCAGGAACUCUCGCUCAGGCUCAGGAGCUGCUUCACCAAGGAUCAUGAAGAGGACAACAAGACCUGUGUCCGUACUUUCUAUGAGACUCCACUCCAGUUGCUGGAGAAGAUCAAGAAUGUCUUUAAUGAAACAAAGAAUCUCCUUAAAGAGGACUGGAAUAUUUUCAGCAAGAACUGCAACAACAGCUUUGCUAAAUGCUCCAGCCAAGAUGUGGUGACCAAGCCUGAUUGCAACUGCCUGUACCCCAAAGCCACCCCUAGCAGUGACCUGGCCUCCCCUCGCCAGCCCCUUGACCCCUCUACAGCCCCCAUGGCUGGCUUGACCUGGGCCGACGCUGAGGGGAUACAAGGCAACCCUCUCUUGCCCGGUGAGCAGGCCCCUGACACAGUGGACCCAGGCAGCGCCAAGCAGCGACCACCCAGGAGCACCUGCCAGAGCCUUGAGUCGCCAGAGACCACCGGGGUGGAGGACAGCCCCCCAGGCCGCUCCUCGCAGCCUCACCCUGCCGUCGGGGCCCCCACACCUGGGGUGGAGGCCAUUCUGGACCCUGCCAUGGACACUCUCUGGGCCCUGGAAGAGGCCUCUGGAAACACUGGCGAGGGCCCUGCCCCUGGGCCAGAAGGGGACAGCGUCCAGGCCGAGGGUGCCAGACCCAGCAACCUCCUGACAGCGUCUUCAGCACUAGCUGCAUCAGCAGAGGCUGCGACCAGCACCGCCCUGCCCAGGGUGGGCUCAGUGAGGCCCCAGGGCCUGGUUCGGAGCCACAGCCCUGAGAAGACCCACAGGCCACCUGCCCUGCCUCCAAACCACCAGAAGCCAGGCUCUCUCGGGGCCUUGCUGCGACGCCUCCAGGGCCCCAGCCAGUUCACCGUGCCCUCCACUCAGCCAAAGCUUCCCAGGAGCCACCCCUGGGCUGGCCUGGUGCUACGCAGGGAGCUGGAGGGCAGAAGGAGCACCAGGGACCGGAGGAGCCUGAGAGAGCUGGAUGGUGCAGAGCGUGCAAGCGAGGGGGCUGCCCAGGCCCUAGCCCCUUUUAAUUCCCUUCCUUUGACUGACACAGGCCAUGAGAGGCAGCACACAGGACCCUCUGACCCCCUGCUGCCCGGCUUUGCCUUCCGCCUGCUGGUGCCCAGCGUCAUCCUGGUCUUGCUGGCCGUUGGGGGUCUCCUGUUCUACAGGCGGAGGCGGCGGAGCCAUCGAGAGAGUCCAGCCACGGAUUCUCCCACGGCACCGCCAGAGGGCAGCCUCCUGACCCAGAAUGAGGACAGACAGGUGGAAAUGCCAGUGUAGAGGGAGUUUUGUAAAGCUGGGCGCCCACAACAGUCUGUCUGAGGGAGGAGACGCCAUGGGGCCGGCCUCCACCAGCCCUCCCCAGCCUACCCUCCUAGGAGCGAGGCCUGCCCACCAUCAGACCUCCAGCCUGCCAGGACUGGACCUGCACAGCCAGGCUGGGGACCCUAUGCCUCGACUCUCAGAUCCUCAGCCAGCCAGCCAACCGACUGAGCGAGAGCCGGGGGCUGCCUCCCUGCUGCCACUAGUUAUGGGGGGCCCCGGAGGCUCCCACGCACUGGAGGAUUGGGGGCAAGCCCGGCUCAGGACCCUUGCUCGCCCCUCAGGAGCUGCGCCCUCCUCUCACUCGCUUCCCACCUGCCAGUGGCGGGUGGGAGCCCAGGGUGGACGCUGAGGACAGGAGGAGCCCUGCGCCCAGAGGACCCGCCUGGUGCCGAGAUCCCCACCUCGGGACAGGCAGGGACCUGUCUCUGGAGAGAGGAGCCCAUGAUUGGCAGGGCGGGCCCACGUUGGCCUGGUUUCCCGUCAGGGCAUGCAAUCCAAGGGACGGGAAGAGGAGGCCGCAGGCUGCCAGCUCGGGUGGCCCCAGGGUCGACACCCUCUGCUCGCCUCAGUGCCCUCUGCUGGUUGCCAGGCAGAGAGGAGGGGCCGUCCCUGCCCUCAGGACCUGCCUGAUCCAGCUCACGAUGCCAAGAAGGGGACCAGGCGCCGGCCUCUGCCCUCCUUGCCUCCAGCCCCUGCCGGAGCUUCUGCUAGAAGCCAGGCUGAGGCUCCUGUCGUGAAGGAAGCCGUUGCACUGUGAAUACCGAGCCUGCCUGCUGAUCAGCCUGCGCAGCCGUCCCUCAGCACGCACCCUGCGUCCUCCCCGCGUGCCCGCCUCUCCCCGGCUUCCUGCACUGAGCUGGCUUCAGCUGCUGACCGAGGGAGCCCCUGGGCCCUGACCUUCUCCUGACUUGACUCCUGGGGUGGGG